AUGUCCCAGCGUGAUACUCUCAUCUCAUGGAUGAUCCUCAUCGCUGUGCUACUCACAUUUUGGCGGGUCAAUCUAAAUUCUAGUGUGCUAAAUCAAUUGCUAUCCGAUGCAAAUGUUGGCCCUUCAAGAACGGGGCCUUUUCUGAUUCCAAGCCGGAUGAGACCGGAUGAAUAUAUCAGCCGGAAAUACGAUAAACAGGUAAGCGACCGUGUUGAAGUCCUCCGCCUAUGUCGGACCGUCAAAAAAGACCUGGGCUUCAUGAAGUUGUACAACGCGAUGGUGCCAGAAGUAUUUUGCCCAAACUUGGUGCGUAUAGGCGAGGUGAAUGACGGCGGGAAAUGGGUCUGCCAUCCGAGGGCAAUGCCGGAUAAUUGUGCCAUCUUCUCGCUAGGCGUCAGCCAAGAUACGUCAUUUGAGCGUGAAAUGCAAGAGAUUACAAGCCAGAAAUGUUCUGUUUAUUCCUAUGACAAGGGUCAACCUCAACCAAGCGUACUUGAAGACUACUCAAAAAUCCGGGCCCAAUUUACCAAAGCCUUAAUAGCUAACUCGACAAAUUUAGAGAAAGGUGAACGUAGCAUUGGGUACGAAAUGGAGAGGCUGGGCCUGAAGCGGAUCGAGAUUCUAAAGAUCGACAUCGAAGGUGCUGAAUUUCUGGUGAUGCCUACUUUGAUAAAGCAGGCCAAAAUGUGUCAGAUCCUCAUCGAAAUCCACGGCGACCCGAAGUUUGUCGUCAACUUGGUCGUAAUGUUGGCGCAAGCGGGGUACCGUCUCUUCUCCUACGAGAUCAACGGCAUGUACCACAGCCUCAGCGAGUACUCCUUCAUCCACGAUGAUUGUUUGGAGACCUAUGGCGCGAGUCCACUAGCAUAUUAUUGGCAUUUGGUG